CGUUGCAAAACACCAUGAAUAGAACGAAUUCGAUACACCACUUGCGAAUAGUCCAAUAUGAGUCGAAAUUUCUUUUCAAAUCACGCCAGCUGUUCUUGUGUCCUGCUGCAGGAACGAACGUGGGCAUCGUUGAAUCGGCAUCGAUGAAUGUGACGUGUAGAUAAAGGGAAAACCUCGUGCAUGACCACGUUUUACAUCUGCGCCACAGAUUGAACACCACACUAGUUUCUGCGAUCAUAUUGUGCAUUCGCUGUGUUAUUACUGCGGAGAAUAGUCAUAUAGUUUUGCAAUCAACAUCCAGCUGGAAUUGGCGAGGGUCUAGGACAGUGGUCUCAAACUCAUAUUAGCAUGUGGGCCGCAGUGGAAAGUAACAGCCAAUCAGCGGGCCGCAGUGGAAAGCAACAGCUAGUCCACGGGCCGCACCAUAUAGAGAAAAGCUGAACCGACAAGAACAUAUUCUUGUGAUUUAUUGCUGACACUCCUGACUGGUAUAACGUAAUUAUAUACUCCGCGGACGCGGUCGAGGGCCGCACAAAACAGUGUCGCGGCCCGCGUGUUUUUUUGACCACUUGGCUAGGCGCCAACCUAGCGAACUUCCCGGGGAAAUUCCUGAUCCAAAUGAAUGAGAACAGGAUAGGAGAGUCAGCGGUCGUGGAUGGCCUGGACGCAAACAAUGAAGAAGAGCAACAUGAAUGCGAAACACCUAAUGACUCUUCCAAUUUGUCCAAACGGCAGCGAAAGAAAAUGUUGAAAUUAAUCACCUGGGAGGAAAAGAAAAAGCAAAAACGCUUGAAAGAAAGGGAAAAACAUAAGUUAAAAAAGGAGGAAGCUAUCGCACGGGGGCUUCCCUUGCGAAGUGGCCCAAGCCGAAAAGAGUUGAAGCUGAGGCAGAUCGACUAUAGCAAGGCUACCUGCGAAGUGGCCGUUGAUCUUAGUUUCGAUGACUUAAUGAUCGAGAAAGAUGUAGCCAAGUGUGUAAAGCAGCUGUUGCGCAUAUACACGUUAAACCGAAGGGCUGAAAACCCCAUUCCGCUCUAUUUUACCGGCAUAGUUGAGGAUGGAGCAGUGAGAAAGCAUCUCGAUCGUUAUGACGGCUACAACCACUGGGAUGUUCGAAUUAACAGCCUGCACUUUCUUGACAUUUUUCCACGCGAGAAGCUGAUCUACUUGACCAGUGAGUCGGAUAAUGUUCUAGAGCGCAUUGAAGCAGACCACGUGUACGUGAUCGGAGGACUGGUGGAUCAUAAUCAAUACAAGGGACAUUGUCAUAGAUUGGCAGAAAGUUACGGAAUACGUCAUGCACGAUUACCGUUAGUUGAGUAUCUUGUUUUUAAAACACGAACAAUACUUACUAUUAACCAAGUAUUCGAGAUACUGCUUAACAUUCACCAAGGCCGGACUUGGUUGCAAACGCUGCUCGAUGUAGUGCCCAUACGAAAAGGAGCUAAGGCAAAGGAAUCAUUAGCAACAAGUACAAACAGCGAAAAACACGACGAUACUGUGUGACUAAAGUGUGGCUCGUCUGAUAUCUUCUUUUAUCUAACAAUUAGAGAACCAUUUUUUUUUCUUUUGUAUUAUAGAGACUUUGAGCUAUAGUGGCCCAACAUUCGUCUCUAAUUAGAGAACAAUGAAAAUAAUUGUAUCAUAUUUUUUGUUGUUAUGAGAUGGUAUCUGUUAAUUUUAAAAACAGUUGGUCACUGUUAAUUUAAAGAAAAUACACACAUUGUUGAGAACCCAACAAGCAUGUUUAGUACCCAUUAUAUGUCGCCUUCAUGCAUACCAACAAUAUGGAAUAACGCGGAAACGACGAUCCACUGACACACCGUACGUCCCGUACAGCUUCAUACACGAUGUUAGAAAUGCUAAGAUCAGCAUAUAACUAUGCAAUUCAUUACGCGCUGAGCCACGGCGACAAUCACACCGCAUUAUUGUGCUUAGUUACGAAUGGUGGGAGCUUUUAAAAUUUAAAUGAAAUGCAUAAUGGAUUGAAAAAUAUGUAAUUAUUGAACAUUGUUCGGAGAAAUUAGAUUAAAUUAAAUUAAAUUAAACGACUGAUUACUGCUGAUGAAAAAUGGAUCACGUACGACAAUAAUGUGCGAAAAUCAUCGUGCUCGAAGAAGGGCUCGAAGAAACUUUGGCAAAGCCCGGAUUGACACGGAGAAUGAGGGCGUGGUCCAUUUUGAGGUGCCGAAAUAUGGCCAGACGCUUAAUUCGGCUCUCCACUGUUGAGCGAACAAUUAACGAGAUGUCGCGGCAAUGUCCAAGCAAUUGUCUAGAAGUAUCUAGCAUUGCAUCAACAGCAUCAAUAGAAACGUCGUGUUCCAACAUGACAAUGCCAGGCCACACACAUUUUUGAUGACCAGGCAACAACUGAGAUGAAGUUGGUUGGCUGGGAAGCUUUAAUGCAUCCACCAUAGCCCUGACCACCUGAGAUUACCUGAGACUGAGAUUACCACCUGUUCAGAUCUCUGCAAAAUCGUUUUAAUAGCAGGAUAAAAAAAAUAGGAUAGGAUAGGAUAAAAAAUCAUCAUACAAAAUCAUCUUAAUACGUUAGGAUCAAAUAAAUACUGUGAAAAAGAGUUGUCUCUUUUCGAAAUGAAAUCUCUUAGAAAUUUUUUCUUUCUAAACCAGCGAAUUUCUACGCAGAUGGAAUUAUGGUGCUACCAGAAAAA